CUCCUCGUUUGGAUCCAUGGCCCUGACGGCCGGGCGGGGAGAACCGGGACCCAGCGCCGUGCGAGCCUCAGAAUAUAUAGGGUGCAUGACUUACACAACUGCCUCACAUGGGCUCUUAUUACAUAAAUGGUCUAUUAAACGCCCUAGUGUUAUUUAUGUUCAGCGCCACCACUUCACCCUUUGUCAUGACACAGCGCGUGUUUGUCAUAUCGUGUGGCUUAGAGUUGCCGUACGUGCUCGUCCAACCGUGUCUCGCGUAUGCGAUUUGUGGUCUAUCUAGAGGAUGUGAUGAUAGUGCCAUUGCUUGAGUAAACGCUGGAAGUUGCGUGACUAGUGUGAGCGCUUGGCCAUGGACAUGAUGUCAUGCUUGCUGUGCGACUUGUCAUUAGAAGAGACGCUAUUUACCGCGAUGUUUACAUCUUGCUAUUGUCUGUUGAUUUGUCUAUGAUAUCCUGACUACAGGGAAGGUGGGAUAUUUACGUGAGCUUUGCCGUACCGUAUCGGCAUGCUGGCAAGGGUGCGGAGACUCUCGGUGGAGUCACCUUUGCCAGCGCAGCUAGCGGAGAAGACUGAACUUCUUGCGUGUCUUUUGGCCGCCUAAAAGCGCCACUGAUAUCGCUGUGCGUGUAAAAGGACAUUACAACCAAUUGGCAUCCACUCUCCAGUGUUUCCUCUCUACCCUCGCGCGGGAGCCUGGACAAGCACCCAGGACUACUCCCGUACGCCCAACCCACUCUGGCAAAGGUGAGUUCGGCGCGCGGACGGAGCGACUCCGAAGGGAUUGGCUUGCAUUGCUGCUGAGAGCACCUGCAGGCAAUCCUGAGUCGACCGGCGCAUGCCCACGUCCCGAGACGGGCGUGAAGAUACGGUAGAGAGCCCACGUAGAGAAGAAGCCACAGGCGGUAGAGUUUCCGGAACCCCGCCGCCCAUCCCAUUAGCUGAACCUGUUUACCCUGAAGCUUCCGACGCGCGGACAACACGUGCUCUUGCUAGGGCCAACAGUAGAGUUACUGCCUUGCUAGAAGAGGAAGCCUUGCGUGAGGUCCGCCGACAGAAACGCACAGACCGGAGCCGUUCCGCAUCUGAGACAGGAGAUUCAUCUGCCCCGGUUGUUGCCAACGCUCCGUGUGCAGGGACCGAGGAGCAAGGUCAAGACGCUGGUCCGAGCGCUGAACGUGACGCGUCGGACAACGUCGAGACUCGCCUCUCAGGUCCACCGGUACCGUGAGAGCCCGGGAGCGCUGCAGUACGUGUCCUCGCAGCACUUUGCGGUGGGGAAGGGACAGCGCCUGGUGCGGCCCAAGCUCUCAUUGGUCGACAGCGGCAGCGACGUGUGCCUGAUAGCACAGCACGUGGCCGACAGCGACUGUCGUGCUGCCCACUGUCAACAAGGAGGAACCGGACGCCCCUGACGCUCAGGCGCGCCUCUGUGAGCUCGCCUCCGCCGUCCGUGCAACGUCGCAGCGGACACCCUCAGUCCUCAUGACCCGCGCCGCCCAAGGGGACGCGACGGAGGAAGAGGAGCUGGACUAUGACGAUGAGCCGAUGGAUGAGCAGGGGGGAGAGGCCGAGGACGAGGAUCUAGAACUGCUGUUGGCAGAACCCGCAGCUGACCCCGCAGCCGACCCUGCUGCUGCCGGCCCCUCCCAGCCCAGCCGGCCAGCAGUGCCCUCGCCCCACCAGCUGUACGGACGCCUGCCGCCAACGCGGGCGCCGCCACCUCAGGAGGCAACCGGCAGCAGGAGCCCGCCCAACAGCGUCAGGACGCCCUGGACCUUAGCCACAUCCAGGACGCCAAGCGCCGAGCCCUCCUGCAACAGAAUGCGGGCCCCAUGUUAGCGGCUCACAAGGCUGACCACCGGGAGGGGUUCCUGAGGAGAGGCAGGGUCCUGUACCCCGACAUGCCGAAGGGCACGGGCCCUUGCCAACACCCGGGGUGCCGCCAGCGACAGCACCACAGCACGGAGAACUGCUACCUCAGGCACCUGCAGCGUGAGAUCAGCGGAACCCCCAGCUCGCCGCCCCAUGAGGACGACCGCUCCCGAGAACGCUCACGUGAGCGCCAGCGGCGCAGCUCCAGGGAGCGCUCACGUGAACGUCAACGACGCAGCUCUCGAGAGCGCAGACCGCCGACGCCGCCACCGAGGUACAGGGACCGCUCGCCCCCGCGAGAGUGCCAGCAGCAUGCGCGGGGUCACCCCUGGGGGCAGGCGCCGCCCGGAAGGGGUCCCCCAGUGCUCACGCAGGCAGCAGGAUCGGCAAGUGUCUUCGGGCGCCUGCAAGCGUACCAGCACGGCACCCAGCAACGGACGCUGCUCAGCUUUGCCCAGGACCUCUCUGCCGCGCCCGUCAUCACCGUGGGGUCCAAGCCCUCUAUGGACAGGGAGCUGGAACGUCGCACGCCCCCACAUGUGGCCUUCGACACGGGCUGCAGCUUCCUUGGUGCCGUGGAUCACGCCUGGGUGGAGCACGCCCGGGUGCCGUUCGUACGGGAGCCCAUGCCUGUGCAGGUGGCAGGCAGCUCGACCUACGCAGUAGGCUACGUACCCAACGGCGCCAUCAGCCUCUUCGAUGGGCGCCGCCCCCACGACUUCUAUGGGGACCUGCUGGUGUUCUCGAAUCUGCCAGCCGCGGUCGUGAUAGGGCGGGCGUUCCUGGACGCUACCAACGGCCGCAUCACGUGUGGGCCCCACGCGUUAGUCGAACUGCUCCCACCGGGCGCCAACCAGUGGGUGACGCGCCCGCUGCACUCGUACGAGGCAACUCGACCCACGCUCAUGCUGAUGGAGACGCCGCAACCCUCCGUCAGCCCCAGCCAGCGCAGAGCAACCCCAGCGAGGAGCACUGACCCUUGGGUCACCUCACUGGCCGUCACCCCGCAGCACUUGGCGGCCCAGCAGUGGGCCGCCGACAUCCCGCUGCCACCGGAUGCCGGUGAGGGGCUGGAUGCUGGGGAGGAGGACGACGACCCGCCCGGCAUGGCAGAUGAGAUUGAGGCCCUCCGGCAGCACCAGGAGCCGUGGGACUCACUUGCGUGGAAGCGCAGCUGGGAACGGACCCUUGCGCGCCGCCUGAAGCGGCGGCACCUCAAGAAGCUGCGGAAGGAGAAGCUGCGGCAGAGCGCAGCCAAGGAGGCUGCGGCUGCGCAGGCUGCACGGCUGCGGAAGGAGGCAGUCAGCUCCUACAAAAAGAAGCUGCGUGCGCUCAGGGCAGGCCUCCCGCUGUCGCAGGAGCGACAGGAGGAGCAGAGAGACGAGACCGGAGGCUACUACUGGUGCAACCGUCCGGACAUAACCCCGCAGCAACGACAGCAGCUGCAGGAGCUGGUCCGGGCCAAUGAUCAGGUGUUUGCCCGCUCCCUGAAGGAGCUGGGCUGCUACAACGAAGAACACAUUCAGCAUGUACGGCUGGUGCUGGAGAUGCUGAAGCGCAUUAACGUGCGGCUGCACCCGGACAAGACCGUCUUCGCAGCAGAUUCGGUGGAGUUCCUUGGCCACAUGGCAGAGGAGGCGCGCCAAGGCCGCUGAGGCGCUCCAGGGGCGCGUCUUGAGGAGGUCAGUCAAGGAUCCGAAGACGCUCUGCCUGAGGGAGGAGAUAGGCGUGAUCAACGGGGAGGAGGUCCAGGAGGACUACGCUGGAGUGAUGGUGGAGUACGGGGGAGGAGCUUUUGAGCGAAUGAACGUCAGCGUGGCGCAGCAGCUGCUUCUGGACGAGGAGUCAGCCUGGGGCGCAGCCCGCACCCUCCGUACUGUGGCAACUACCCGUGCUGCACGGCUCCCGGAUAGCUGGGACUUAACUUCGCGUGAGGGGCUGAGUGCGGCGAUGGGGGAGCUCAUGCCGGGGGCUUACAGUGAUCGCCACCUGGGCAGGUUGGUUAACCGUGUGCCAGGGGGCAAGCAGUUUCAGUAUGAGUGUGUACCCACGGGGAUUGAGGAGGUGAGGCCUUUGCUGGAGAGCAUUCGUUUUGAUGAGUGUGCGGGCAUCUUCGACCCGUGGUGUGGAACAGGUGGGGUCGCCAGGGCGUUUCGCGAGGCGGGACACUCGGUCUUUGGCAAUGACGCCAACCCUGCUUGCGCUGCUCACAUGCACCGUGACGCGUUGCAGCCUGGCACGUACCGUGAGGCUAUGAAGGUCUAUUCCUACGAGGCCAUUGUUGCGUCUCCUUGGUUUGCGGUGCUUGAUGUUGCACUGCCGUUGGCUACCCGUUUUGCACCUGUCGUUGCGUUUCACGUGCCGGGGCACUACGUGACGGAUGCCACGGCGGCUCGGACCAAGUACCUGGCGAAGCUGCAGGAGGAAGGACGGCUUGCGUUGUUGCUGGGACUGCCAAGAGGGCCGAUGGGGAGGCGGUGUGUGUGGGUUUGCGUGUUUGCCACUCGCGAGUGGCGGGAGAGGAUGUUGAAACCGGUUGUAGGACGAAAUGAGGUCUGGUUGCUGAAGUGAAGUAGGCGCGUGUUGAAGGGGAUGCAGAGGUUGCUGUGCUACUUUGCUGUCAGUUCUGGUGCGCUGUGUUUGUGUGUUGCUUGUGGCCGCUGUAGACAGCUUCCGACCUCCGGGUUCUCAGCUGGGGGGGGAGUUGUACUGUCGGGCCUCCGUCGCAACAGCACGUGAUACGUCAUGACAGCUGUCAUGACACAGCGCGUGUUUGUCAUAUCGUGUGGCUUAGAGUUGCCGUACGUGCUCGUCCAACCGUGUCUCGCGUAUGCGAUUUGUGGUCUAUCUAGAGGAUGUGAUGAUAGUGCCAUUGCUUGAGUAAACGCUGGAAGUUGCGUGACUAGUGUGAGCGCUUGGCCAUGGACAUGAUGUCAUGCUUGCUGUGCGACUUGUCAUUAGAAGAGACGCUAUUUACCGCGAUGUUUACAUCUUGCUAUAGUCUGUUGAUUUGUCUAUGAUAUCCUGACUACAGGGAAGGUGGGAUAUUUACGUGAGCUUUGCCGUACCGUAUCGGCAUGCUGGCAAGGGUGCGGAGACUCUCGGUGGAGUCACCUUUGCCAGCGCAGCUAGCGGAGAAGACUGAACUUCUUGCGUGUCUUUUGGCCGCCUAAAAGCGCCACUGAUAUCGCUGUGCGUGUAAAAGGACAUUACAACCAAUUGGCAUCCACUCUCCAGUGUUUCCUCUCUACCCUCGCGCGGGAGCCUGGACAAGCACCCAGGACUACUCCCGUACGCCCAACCCAC